AGAACAGUCCGAGUGUCUCAUGUCCCCCUUCUCUCUCUCUCUCUCUCUCUCUCUCUCUCUUCCCCAGUUUGAUCGCCGACGAAUUCAGCGGCGAAGCCCCUCUGAAUUGCAUCUGGAAUCGGGUGGAUCUUAGCCUGGAGAGGAGAUGAGGAGGGGGAGAGAUUCCACCAUGGGACGUGUUAUCUGCUGGAUCCGCAGCUGGAAGGAAUGAUUGUUGCGGUUUCUGGUGGUAUGUCCUUUUGGCGGAUGAUUGGAGUCAUGGGUGAAGAAAUGAUGGUGGUAUUUUGCUGGGAAGCCUGAGAUAUUUCGAUUUAGAAGAAGGAUUUUGGAAGUCAUUAACUGGAUUUUGUAGGGUUUGGGAGUGGUGUCGGGGAAUUUAACUGAGCUCCGGGGGGAUCUUCGUUUCCUUAGGGUUAGUGGAGUUGAGCCGGAGUUUGGGGUUUCCACGAUCUUGUGAGGGGUCUUCAGAUGGAAGUUUGGAAUGAAAUGGAGUCGGCGUAUUUCUACUUUGUUUUGAUGUUUCUGUUCUUCCUUCCCUGAUUGACGCAGUUCUUCACGGGAAAGGUUAUUCUUCUAGUUCAUCGAUUCUAAGACGACGUUCGUCAGGAGCCCUUGAAGGAAGUAAUUGGUUUGGAUACUUGCACUGGUUCGCUAAAAGGUAACAAUUUUCGCUAAUGCUGCUGGAUAUCUCUCUGUUCCCAUGUGUAGUGCUUGUGUAAAUUUGUGCCUGAAAUCAGCAGCAAUUUCCUCUUACAACACCAGUAUUCUUCAAAAACCAGUUUGAACUGCUCCUUCCGAUUCUCAUAUUUGACAAAUAAACCAAAGAAUCAAUCGAUGAAGCAAAUCAACAAGUGCCUCGACUCCCAGUUAUGGCAUGCUUGUGCUGGUGGAAUGGUUCAGAUGCCGGCAGUGAACUCCAAGGUCUACUACUUCCCCCAGGGUCACGCAGAGCAUGCACAAGGCAGCGUGGACUUUGGAACCUCCCAGCGCAUCCCACCUCUCAUCCUUGCCACUGUGACUGCCGUGAAAUUUUUGGCUGAACCAGAGACUGAUGAAGUCUUCGCUAAGAUCCGCAUGGUUCCACUAACGGUCGAUGAGCUGGAGUGUGGCCAAGAUGACGCACUGGGACUUGUUAUAGAUGGAAGCAACACACAAGAAAAGCUGGCAUCUUUUGCAAAGACACUGACUCAAUCGGAUGCAAACAAUGGUGGGGGCUUCUCUGUCCCACGAUACUGCGCUGAGACCAUCUUCCCAAGGUUGGACUACACUGUGGAUCCACCGGUGCAGACUGUGCUUGUGAAGGAUGUGCAUGGUGAGAUUUGGAAGUUUAGGCACAUCUAUAGGGGAACCCCUCGCCGACAUCUGCUCACAACUGGGUGGAGCACUUUUGUUAACCAGAAGAAGCUUGUGGCAGGGGAUUCGAUUGUGUUCUUGAGAACCGAGAAUGGGGAUCUUUGCAUGGGGAUCCGACGGGCUAAAAGAGGUGGGAUUGGUGGCGGGCCAGAGGUUCCUUCAGGAUGGAUCCUUCCCAAUGGGAAUUGUAUGACGAGCUAUGGGAACUUCUCUGUCUUCUCAAGGGGGGAAGAGUGUAGGUUAAUGAGGGAAAACGGAAAUGGUGGUAGUUUAAGAACUAGUCGGGGCAUGAGGAUAAGAGGUAGGGUGAAGGCAGACUCUGUCAUUGAGGCAGCAACACUUGCAGCUAGAGGACAACCUUUUGAGGUGGUGUACUACCCUAGGGUGACUACGCCGGAGUUCUGUGUGAAGGCUGCAUCAGUAAAAGCUGCAAUGAGGAUCCAAUGGUGUUCCGGAAUGAGGUUUAAGAUGGCUUUCGAAACUGAGGAUUCCUCAAGGAUUAGUUGGUUUAUGGGAACUAUAUCUUCUGUUCAGAUUGCAGAUCCCGUGCAGUGGCCUAAUUCGCCUUGGAGACUUCUUCAGGUUACGUGGGAUGAACCAGAUUUUUUACAAAAUGUGAAGUGUGUGAACCCAUGGUUGGUUGAACUGGUCUCAAACAUGCCAACUAUCCAUUUAGCACCCUUCUCUCCACCGAAGAAGAAGAUUUGUAUUUCCCAAUACCCUGAUUUUUGCCUCGAAGGUCAACCUCCAUUGCCUAUGUUCCUCAGGGACCCCCUUGGUCAUGGCACUAGUCCUUUGUGCUGUUUCCCAGACAGUGCUCCUGCAGGCAUACAGGGAGCCAGGCAUGCUCAUUUUGGUGUAUCUUUAUCAGAUAUCCACCUUAACAAACUGCAAUUAGGUCUGUUCCAUGCUGGCAUUCACCGCCUUGAUCAGACCACUCCACCUUCAAGAAUAACGACUGGCCUCAUCAUUGAUAACCCUGCCAUUCGUAAUAACAUCUCUUGUUUGUUAACAAUUGGCAAUGCUUCUCAUAGCACAGAAAAGCUCUGCAAUGAUAAACCGCCACAAUUAGUGCUCUUUGGGAAAACAAUACUGACUGAGGAUCAGAUAUCUCUGAGCAAAUCUGGGGAUAUGGUUUUCCCUGGUGCUACUGGAAACAGUUCUGCUGAUGGGAAUCUUGAGAAGACAACAAAUAUGUCAGAUGUUUCUGGCUCUGCAAUGAAUCAGAAUAUAGUUGUGGACAGUUCAUCUUGUGAAUUAUUCAAAUGGGACAGGCACAGGUACUGCAAUAUAUCAGAUCUUGGACUGGAGACUGGCCAUUGCAAGAUUUUUAUGGAAUCAGUUGAUAUUGGUCGCACCCUUGAUCUCUCCAUGUUUGAAUCUUAUGAAGAACUAUACACAAAGCUAGCUGACAUGUUUGGGAUUGGAAAAUCAGAGAUUAGAAGCCACAUGAUUUACAAUGAUGCAGCAGGUGCAGUUAAACACACUGGAGAUGAACCUUACAGUGAGUUCAUGAAAACGGCACGGAGGCUGACAAUAUCAACUGAUUCAGGGAGUGACGACAUAGGAAGUUCUGUACUACCUGGAUCACUCAGUGCAAACUUAGAGUGCUGCAGCUGAUUGAUAAACCCCAUGGGGACUGGAUAAAUCAGGUUCUGUCGUAGUUUGAGCUUUCGUUUUCUCAAGUUGUCUUGUGUAAUCAAACUGACUGGAUUUGACUUGGGACCCAAAAUGUCAAUCUGUUUGCACUCCUUUCUUUUCAGUUGGUAGCAUAACUUGUCCUUGAUGUAUUUGCUUAGGAUGGCUGUUUCCUGGUUUCUGCUUGCCUCGUGAAACUGUAAUGGCUACGUAACGUACUAUCAAUUGUGGUUUAUCAGAAUAGAUCAGCCUACUGUGAAUUGCUAUUUCUUGUUGUA